UCCCUCCCUGCUCGGUUUUCCAGUCUCUCCUAGCAUCACAUUUUUCUUCGUCUUUUCCUGAGUCAUUGUGUGGUCUCCUGUGGCUUCGAGGCGCUUUCUGCUGUUACUGGCUCCUGUCAGGUGUUGCAGCGGGACAUUUUCGACGACAUUUGAGAUGACCAAAGUGGCCCCAAGCCAUACUGACAUGACAGCACUGGCUCCUCCUACUGCGCCGCUGCUCGCCAAUAGGCAUUCAUCCCCUUCGCGAUCACCAACCAGGCACAGCAGCCCUCUAGAGCUGUCAGAGGUACUGCGGGAAAAGGAUCGUCGGGUGCAGCAGCAGUUGGAGCGCUGUGCCGAGCAGCGAGGACGAAAGAUGGAGGAGCAGAGGCUGAAGGAGCAGAAACGCAGGACAGCAGCCGUGGAGAAAAGACGGCAGCAGCAAGAAGCAGAGAAGGAGAGGCUGGAGGCCCUGGUCCGCCGGAGAGCCGGGGGCGCCGAGAGACGCGGAGGAGGAGGUGGAGAAGGAGGCGGAGAGGCCCGGGACCACCUGGAUAACAGGCCUAAACGAUGGACAUGGGGAGGACCGCCUGACGGUGUGGAGGGUAACCCUAAGACCCUGCCCUGCCAUGCCAUUGGCUCCGCUCAGCCCAAUGAGCUACCUGCUGCUUCCAGUACCAGCCAAUCCCGUAACGUUGGGGACUUCCUGUCUCCGCCUGGUUUGGAUCAGCCAAUCAACAAACAGCUGUCUAACUCUUCAGCCGCCAUCCACUCCCCAGAGAGAGUGUCCGUUAUGUCCCAUCGUACAGCUUCUUCCAGCAAUCACAGAUCACACAGAAGUUCCUCCAACCGCAGGAGCAUCGCUGGACUCCCCGAAGAAACGUCCAGAGCCAAAACACCCACGGGGGAGGGUCCAAAUACACCUGCCCGUAGUGCUUCCUUCAGGGCCAACAGCAAGGGCCCGGCAACACCAAAACGGGUGAGGUCAAACAGGAGUCGUGCCCAGUCUCCCUGCUCCCCUGGUCAAUACCCCCCCUCCCCUCUCCGGCAGAGGGCCACCACUCCUGGCACACCUGACGACAGGGGUCACACUGAGAUCAAAGGUCACAGCACCUUAGAGAGGAAAUCAACCAAAUCUGAGACAUCAGAGAAGAAAAUCCCUAAAUCCACCAGCAGAGAGCUGAAUGCAGAGUCUCCUGGGACGCCCACAGGCAGGAGUGUUGGUGGGACAACGGACGCCGAGGAGGCGUCCAGGCUGCUGGCGGAGAGACGACGUCUGGCCCGAAUACAGAAGGAGCAGGAGGAGAGACAGCGGCAGGAGGAGGAGAGACUGAGGGUUGAGGAGGAGCAGAGGAGGCUGCAGGAAGCGAGGGAGCGUCAGGAGAGAGCAGCACAGCAGGCAGAGGAGGAGAGAGUGAGGAGGGAGGAAGAGAGGAGGAGCAGAGAGGAGGAGGAGAGACGACAGAAGGAGCAAAGAUGGAAGGACAUGCAGGAUCAGCUGGACAAAGAGAGAGAGGAGGCCUUCUUGCGAGCCCAGAAGGAGGCGGAGAGGAAGAGGCAGGAGAGAGAGCUGCUGCACAUCCAGGAGGAGCAGGAGAGGCUGCAGAGGAAGAAGAGAAUUGAGGAGAUUAUGAAACGAACACGGAAGAGUGAAGUGGAGCCUCCAUCUGCUGCCCAAGCCUCUGAGGUCCGAUCUGAGGCUGCUGUCGCCUCAGAGGAGGAUGCUCCCACUCCAGCUGAAGCCCCCAUUAUCCUGCUGGGACCCCUUGAGAAUAAGAUCUGUGUGGACGAGCUGUCUGAUGGAGUUCAGUCCAUGGACGUCAGCUCUCCAUCUGUCUCCAUCAGUCCAGUGUCCAGAGAUGAGCAGGCUAGUGCUCACGAGUUUUCACCAGUUACCGAGGGACCAGACGGUGAGAGUAACGGCUGCCCUCUGGGGCAGCUGAUGGACCUCGAUGCCCAAGGGUGCGGACAGCGUCAAGGUGCCGAAACACCCCCCUACCCAAAGCUACAGGCUGGGGUGGGCGACCUCAACAAGAACCUGCUGAUCCAAGCGUACAGCGCCGCCUCCGAAUCCUCCCAGCUCAUCCCCAGCGUCGGGCCGAGCAAACUGGACAUCCAGUAGCCCAGAGAAGCUGGGAGGUUCAGUUUAAACAAGAACCAGGAGAAACAGACCAGAGACCACCACCUCCAUCUGCAACAACCAACAACAACCAACAACAACAACAACAACAUUUCCACCACAAACCACUGCUGAUUUCUCACCUGUACUACCAAACCACACACACUCCACACAUAACUGUUAAGCUUUGGCUAUGCUUUGAGGCAGUGCAGACUGGCGAGUUUGACCACCUGAAUCUAAACCACAUCAGCUAGACUUUGUUCAUGUUAAGGACCCAGACUUUUCAUUUGCAGAUCAUAUCCAAAUCACACUCGCAACACUGAACAGGAUUUUUGUCAUCCUUUUUUCUCUUCCAUCUAUACCUUGCUUUGUUGUACAUCUGAACUGCUCCUUUGCAAACAUAGCCCAUCUGCACUGCCACAAAAUUUCACUAUUGUCCAGUUUAAUCUCUGCUUUUGUAAAACUGUAAAUAGAUCCAACCGUGCUGUGGAGCGUCAUUAUAAAGACCUGAUGGAAGCAGUAAGACCGACGCUGGUGGAUGAAUCCUGCGUAGCAUCUUCAGAGAGGACUGACUUGUGAAACUGUUUUCAGUUGUAGCUGUGUUUGGGGUUUUCUCCCUUCCUGUCUGAUGGUUCCUGCGUGUUUAUCUCGACUGCUCACAGCGACUCGUACACUAUAAAACCCAGUCUGCUGUAGCUGUUCCCUGAAGAAAACAUUCACAACUGAUAUUAUAACCUGUAGACAAUAGCUUUGGUUUCUCUGCUGCUCAUCACUUGAUUGUUUUGUGGAUGACCCCACGGCAAGGAUGUGAAGAAAACCUCUGAGGGAGAACAAUAUGUCAAUAGUCUUGUAUUUUUAUCUGCAGGUCAGGAAAAUAUUGACACAGUGUUGUGUAUUCGUCUGGCACUGACUGUAAUCACGCUAGCUGCAGUUCAUUGUGUGCACUUAGAGUAGUUAUGUGUUUUCACUGCUCUGGCAUCACCACCUUCCCAGAAAACUCAUUCCCCACACUAAAAUAUACCUCACCGCCUCGCAGCUCAUCACCUCUGAGGCCUUAAAACCUCUGUGCAGCCCCCCACUCUGUGCUUUACCCUCAACCUGAGCUUCAUCUGUAUGUACUCUUCCACCAAAACAUCCAGAGAGUAAAGAAACAAAACUUCAGAAACCACAAAUUAGCUCAGCUCAUCUGUGUUUGCUUUUCAGCUGCACCACAAGAACAACAAAGAUUGAGGGUAAAGAAAAUGGGAUUUAAGUGUAAUUCUUGCAUUGCUUGAAUUUGACCAGCGCACACAGCAAAUUCUAUAACAGUCAUAUAUAUUUUUAUUCGUUUAUACAGUAUCAAGUUACAGGGACAGUGCAUGUUGACCGAGGUUUCUGGAAAAGGGUCAGUUUAUGGAUAGUUUUCAACCCUGACAACCACAAAACUGCAUAAAAUAUAUUUAAAGAAGUGCAAAAAUACAUACUUUUUGUUAUUUCAGUAAGUUACACAGUACGGUCACACAUUUAAAUUCUGUUUUAAUCAUCCCUCAGGGGCUCAGAUGAGUUUGUCUGUGGAGAUGAUUAAAGAAACUAACAAAUCAUGAACCGAUAUCUGUGCAACUUUCUGAUUAGUUAAAGAUAAUCAAUUAAUUCAGAAGUUCAGUUUCAUCUCCGUACAUUACUGUCUGUCUGUCUGAGUACUUUUUUUUUCUUUUUCAAAUUGCCAUAAUACCUGCAUUUUUAACUGACUUUCACUGUCAAAACAAUGUUGAAUCAAGUGGGAUCAGGGACAGAAGGCCAGGAGCAUCUAUCAAGAUAUCAUCAGCAAUCAUAGGACACAUUAACAAUUCAUUUUAAGCUAGUAACAUGUUAGUCGCUAACUUACACAUGAAACAGACAAUUCCAGUCAUGAUGUACACAUACAGACAUGAAUGAGUUUCAUUUCCACUGUCCAAACACUGUCUCAUAACUUUAAAAUGUUUUUUUCGUACAGAGAUUUAAAGAUUUUAUUACUGAGCGUCUCUCAUAAGAAACUUUUUUUAUUAUUAAAAAUGCUCUUCUGUUUUAGUCAGGAGUAUGCAUCACACACAUAGAAUUGGCAUGUAUUACACGCUGCCAAUUGGUGACUUAGUAAAACCAGGACUCAAGAAAAUCGGGGACAGACUAUGAAUGAAAUAUACAAAAAGGUGGUGGUGGUUAGGAAAGUGUAGCAUUUCAAUAUAGACCCUCUGCUCUGUUUUGGCUGUUAGAAUCACUUAUGAUUGAAAGUAAAACCUCAAACGUGGACUGUGACAGAGUUUCCUCCAGCAGUGAAGGUGGUCUACUGCUAAUCCGAGGCAUCACACUGAGGGAAAAAUGCAUUUAGCAGCAACAGUUGCACCUUUCAGAGUGUGGUUUCAUGUUGUCCCACUCCUGUCAGCUUCAUGAUAGCUCAUUAGCCCUUCAGAUUCAGCUCAUCGUAAGAGGGUCUCCUGGAUGUAUAUGAAGUAAAAAUAAAGGACAUACUGUUUAUCCUAAUAUUACUCUGUGACACUGCAGCUUGGUGGAAUAUAUCAUUGUAGAUGUGGUGCAUGGAAAACUGCUGAAAACGAACAAUAAACUUCAUCAAG